UUAAAUGAGGAAUCCAAUGGGCAGUCAGGAGACCAUUUCUUUUGCAUUCAAAGCUUGCUCUAGUGCCGCUGCCUAACUAGCCACAAACUUGUGCGGGAGAAAGUAGGAAGAGCAGACUGUGCAGAGUGAAAAGAUGUAAGUGGUGGUUGGUGAUGGAGCAUUAGUGGUUGUUAGAACUGCUCUAGUUAGUGUUACUUACUGUAGUUUUAAUUUUGGGAUUCGGGUUUUUGAUCCUCUGCUAAAGUUUUGGAAUGCAGCUGCGGCUAACUAAUUUGCCUCCAAAAAGCAAAAUGCUUGAUUUCUGAAAUAAUUCAGAGACCUUUUUGCUUUCCCUUUUGCGUUUAAAACUUUCAAAUAUAUCCUGCUUCACUUGGAGAAGAUAAAGAGUUUUAGCUUCCAGGCUGAGCGCACACUGGCUUAAUCCUGCUCUCUGGAUAUCAGUCAGAUUGGUUACGGAGAAAGAACAGACGGAAAUAUUCAUGCAUCUUUCACUAUGGAAGCCGUUAUCUCAUUGUGCAGCUCUAAUGGCGGACAAGAAGAGCAGAAGGAGAAAUCGUUCUGGGUUGACCGAGGACGCCAAGAAGAAGCCCUCUAUCCUCCGCCAAUUGCAGGAGAACAAACUGAGAGAAGCUCUUGAAGAAGCAUCUGAAGAUGGGUCACUCGCCAAAUCUCUAGAUAUUGAUUCACUGCCUUUGAAUCAAGACGGGAGCAUUGGACGAUCAAGAUCUCUUGCUAGGCUCCGAGCUCAGAAUGAAUUCUUGAAUGCCACUUCUCUCGCUGCAGACCGGACUUUCUUCUCAAAAGAAUCCAUUCCUGCCCUUCACGAUGCGUUCUCCAAGUUCCUUACCAUGUAUCCCAAGUUUCAAUCUACGGACAAAGUUGAUUACUUGAGAUUGGAGGAGUAUGGAAACCUCUCUGAGUCUUCUGCUAAGGUAUGCCUUGAUUACUGCGGCUUUGGGCUGUUUUCUUAUUAUCAAACUCAACAAUAUUGGGAUACAUCAUCUUUUACUUUAUCGGAGAUAACUGCUAACUUGAGCAACCAUGCCCUUUAUGGAGGUGCUGAGCAAGGUACUGCUGAACAUGAUAUCAAAUCUAAGAUUAUGGAGUAUUUGAAUAUUCCUGAAAAUGAAUAUGGUCUUGUCUUUACUGUUAGUAGAGGGUCUGCGUUCAAAUUGCUGGCAGACUCUUACCCUUUUCAAACUAACAAAAAAUUAUUGACCGUGUUUGAUCAUGAGAGCCAAUCUGUGACUUGGAUGGCAGAAAGUGCUAAAAAGAAAGGUGCUAAGGUUUAUAGUGCAUGGUUUAAAUGGCCCUCCUUGAAACUUUGCUCUAGAGAGCUGAGAAAGAUGAUAGCAAACAAGAAAAAGAGGAAGAAGGGUCAUGCAAAUGGGCUUUUUGUGUUCCCCGUUCAGUCUAGGGUCACCGGUUCUAAGUACUCUUACCAGUGGAUGUCACUUGCUCAGCAACAUAAUUGGCAUGUAUUGCUUGAUGCUGGGUCAUUGGGUCCCAAGGAUAUGGAUUCACUUGGAUUGUCCCUGUUUCGACCAGAUUUUAUCAUCACUUCAUUCUACAGAAUAUUUGGAUGUGAUCCAACAGGAUUCGGUUGCCUUCUGAUCAAGAAGUCUGUGAUGGGAACCUUACAAAAUCAGUGUGGUCGUACAGGGUCUGGAAUGGUGAGGAUCCUCCCAGUUUACCCCCAGUACCUAAGUGAUUCGGUUGAUGGUUUUGAUACUUUGGCUGCCAUAGAAAAUGAUACUAUCAAUGGUAAUGAAGAAUCGGUUCCUGAAGAAACAAAUGGGGGAAAACAAAUGCCUGCUUUUUCAGGUGUGUUCACUUCCAACCAGGUCAGGGAUGUUUUUGAAACAGAGAUAGAUCAAGAUAACAGCUCUGACAGAGAUGGAGCAAGCACCAUAUUUGAGGAAGCCGAGAGCAUUUCAGUGGAAGAGGUCAUGAAGAGUCCAAUUUUCAGUGAGGACAAUUCCUCAGAGAGCUCAUACUGGAUUGAUUUGGGGCAAAGUCCGUUCAUGUAUGAUCAUUCUGGGCAGUUGAACAAGCAGAAAACAGGCUCCCCAUUAGCACCAUCAUGGUUUUCAGGAAAUAGGAACAAUAAGAUUCUCUUUCAAAAGCCAACAUCAAAUUUAUCUAAAAGUUCAAUUUUUGAUGAUGGCAGGGUUAACCUAAGGUUGAAUGAAGAUCCUAUUGUAUCUUUUGAUGCAGCUAUAUUGUCAGUCUCACAGGAGCUUGACCAUGUUAAGAGGAUUCCUGAAGAGAACUUGCAGGAAACAGAUCCUAACUCAGCAACUGGCUAUCAUAUUAAAUAUGAAAGGGGUGCAGCUAUAGCCUUUAAUGUGAGAGAGAGCAGUAUAGGAAGGAUGAUCAACCCAGAAGUGAUUCAGCAAUUGGCAGAGAGAAAUGGGAUAUCUCUUGGCAUUGGUAUCCUUAGCCAUGUAAGGAUUGUCGACGUCCCAAAACAGCAUUGUGGGUUUUCUGAGCUUGAAGAUACAGCAUUGUGCAAGCCAAUGGCUAAUGGUUACCAUGAUGGUAAAAACGCCUCCUUCAGAGUUAAAGUUGUUACAGCGUCACUUGGUUUCUUGACCAACUUUGAAGAUGUUUAUAAGAUGUGGGCUUUUUUGGCCAAGUUUCUUAACCCAGCCUUUGUAGAAUCUGCAAAUCUGUCAACAGUUUCAGAAGGUUCAGAUAUGUAA